AAUCUUCUCACGUGACCAUGAAAUUUUUUUUUUUUUAUAAAGGGAAUAAAGGUGUAGGGAACGGAGAUAUGUAAACAAAUGGAUGCAAAUGGAAUUUUCUAUCAACCCAAAACGGUUUGCUUUGCCAAUAAUUGGCCCAAACCCUACUCGUCUUCUAUAGUUCCAUUAGUACUACUAAUCCCCCCAAAUCCGUCAAUAUUGGGCCCACCUAAUUUCCAAUCUUUUGAAAUGCGCUCGACUUUCGUAAGAAAAAGAAAUCCAUGCACAGAACACACAGCGGCUACAAGGGUCCACCACCACCCAUCUUUUUUGUCUUAAACUCUGCAACAUUGAUCACUAUUCAAGCACUUUCCUCCUCACACUUCUUUUUUUCCUUCCCCUGGAAAAUCUCUGCUUUCUCACGCACUUUUUCCAUUCCCACCAAGCAAACACCUCUCUCAUAUUGUUUAUAAAAAAUAAUCAAUACCCCUUUCUCAAUAUACUUUACAGCUUUCCUCUCUCUCUCUCUCUCUCUCUCUCUCUCUCUCUGUAUUUCCUGCUCAGGUUUCUCUGUAAAGCAAAACCCAUUUUUGCUCACAUCACAAGUGAAUAUGGUGAAGAAGCGGCUUUGUUGCUGUGGGUGGUUCAUAAUUUUCUGUCAUCUACUGCUAGCAGCUCUUGUUUUCUCCAAGAACCAUGGAAACCCUGCAAAUGAUCUUGUUGAGAUUAUCAACAACAACCGAACAGCCCAUAAACUUUCAAAACUAAAUGACAGUCCUGGACUCGGGUGCAUUGCGCUGCAAUAUGCCGAAUUGUGCAAGGGAAACUGCUCUAUCAACAACACUGUAAAAUGCAAACCAUCUGAAGAUGACUUCACCGAAGUUUUUGCCCCCGAUUGUGGUGUAGAACUACCAACUUUUGGCACCAUAACUGGCCACAUUGUGGGUUGCCAAUCCAAGUAUCUUGAGCCAUCACUAGCCUUUGUACAUGUUCUUGUUCGAGACAGCAAGGCUUUAUCAAUUCUGAGAAAUAAAUCACAUACCGAGGUGGGUGUAGGCAUGGUUCGGGUUCAUAAAGGGCCAUUCUUUUGGAGUGUUCUUUUCAGCAGUGGGAAGACAAACUCUACAUUUGUUCUUGAAAAUCGCGGUGCAGGGAUCCAGCAAAAGAAAGGGUGCUAUAGUGGAAGCAGCAUACCAUGCAGUGCAGGACAACAGAAUGCUUCUCUGGUUUUGAACAAUGUUAUGAUCAUGGGUUUUCUAUGCGUUGUUUAUCUUUUGAAACAGUUUCACUUCAAUUUGUAAUUCAUGAAACUAAAAUAUUAAACAAGACGUUGCUCAAAAUUUUGUUACAGAUAAGAUUGAAUUGAGAGAGAGAGAGAGAGCAAAAGUUCUGGAUUACAACUUAUGUUUCUGGUUUUAUCCUUUUGAUUCUUGUUAGAUUUGUUUCUUCAUGAGUUUGCAUGGUAUAAAACUUGACAGUGUCUAAA